AUGAUCAUCUUCACUAUAAUCGGACUCACUAUAGGCGUGCCGCUCUGCAUCUUCUACCGCAACGGGCAGAGCGUGAAGAGGAAGGUCUUCGCGUGCUGCUGCCCGCAGCGGCUGGAAGAACUGGCGGAGGAAGAAGAGGCGAAAAGAAAGGCGAAAAUCGCGGAACCGAGGCCGUGGGAGCUGCAGCAGCCGGGGAUGAAAUUCUCGCUUAAGGGCAGCGGGAGAGGGGAGGAGGAGGAGGAGGAUGGGGAGGAUAGCGACUGGGUGCGGUCGGACAACGAGGAGGACGCGGAGUGUGGGAGAGGGCGGGAAGCAAAGCCGCCUGUUCCGCGCACAAGGAGCUCGCAGGCAGGCGCAGCAGGGGGAGUGCCGCGGGCUGUGUCAGCUGCCUCCUCCGCCUCUGGUGGUGGUUCUGCCAGGGAGCCUGCUGGGGCGCGUGGCAAUGGUGGUGGUUUCUCCAACGUUUCUGUGGAGGCAGCAGCAACAGGGAGAGGGCUUGCGGGAGGACAGGGCGUGCCCAGGGCGGUGUCUGCUGAAGCAGCCAUGCACACGGGAGGGGACAGCCAGCGAAUGCUGCCAGCAGGUGGUACUGGGGUGGGCGGUUUCGGUGCAGGAGGCGCGGCAGGGAGAGCGGAUGGGCUGACCAGGGCCGGCCCGAGAAGCACCGUGCGUUUCGUGAGUGAUGAUGGGCGAGGCGAGGGGGAGCACUAUGGUGGGAGACGGGAUGAGGAUGAGGAGGAGGAGGAGGAGGAGGAGGAGGAGGAGGAGGAGGAGGAGGAGGAUAUGGGUGGGGGUGUAGAGUACGAAUAUGAUGACAUUGACAUGGACUCACCUGGGGGGCAUGGUGGUGCGUAUGCAUCGUACAGCCAUGGCAGGAGCGGCAGCACUGCUGCUAUUCGCCAACCCCCCCGCCACAUCCCGGCACCCACACGUGACUAUGAUGACGAGGAUUCUGACCUGGAUGACGUGGAGGAGUACACUCCUGUGAGGGGGCCACUGUGUCUCGCUCGCACGUCAUGCACCGAAGCCAUCAUGAAUCCUCCCACCCACUCUUAUUGCACCAACGACUCAUGCAUGGGAGGCCGACCGAGUCCGCUGCAUCAUCAGCCGCCGUGCCUGCUGCCCACUGCAAUGCACCCUCUCCGUGUGGCUCUCAUGCGUCCACACCCUGCUGAUGCCCGCGCCACUCUCACCAUCACAGCAUCAGCAACUCUUUCACAUCAUCGAUGGGAGGAUGUUUUAGACGCCUAA